AUGGAGGGCAGGAGCACUGAUGUCCCGGGACACUGCAGACCUGUGCACAGAAAGCCUCUUUGUGUUCAGACGGGACCCAUCGGCCACUUCUGCCCUGGCCCACCUCCAGAGCACAGAUCCAGGCCAGGCCUCACAUCUCUGCGCGCCAUCCCAAACAAAGAGCCUCCACACUGGGCUCUUCUGUCAGUGCCCCCUGCUCUGGCUCUCAGCCCCUCUGUUGAAAACUGGGUUACGACAGUCCACCAGUCCUCAAUGCACACGUCAAUACGUCUAUUGAUCCAAAUCUAA